GGGAGAAGUAGUGAAUGGGAGCAUCACAUUUUCAAAUGGAGUUGGCAAAUUUAGCAAAGUGCUUAUUUUUGGGUUUUAUGAUCUUGUGGAUUCAAAUCCAUGGAUGCAAAGGUUGCUUUGAAGCUGAGAGAUCAGCACUCUUAAAUUUUAAGAAACUUGUUGUAUCAGAUGGAGCUGAUGCAGAUCAUCUUCUUUCUUCUUGGGUUGAUGAUUCAAUGAGUGACUGCUGUAAAUGGGAGCGUGUCACGUGUAAUUCUACUACAAGUCACGUGAUUGAGCUCUUCCUCAACAAUACACGACAACAUGACAUAGAUAGCGAAUCAUUUUAUGAUGAUGAAAAUAUUUGGUUUAUAAAGUUGUCAAUGUUCCAGCAGUUGAAAGAGCUCAAAAAUCUUAAUUUAUCGUACAAUGUAAUUGGUGGUUUCAUUGAUUAUGAUGAAGGUUUUGAAAGAUUAUCAGAAUUAAAUAAGCUAGAAACCUUGGACCUUACUUACAAUUGGUUCAAUAAUAGCAUAUUAUCAUCAUUGGGUGCUCUUACAUCACUUAAGUCUUUGAUUCUUAGUAGGAAUAACAUGAGAGGUUCCUUCCCUAGCAAAGAAUUAAAUAAUCUGAAAAAUUUGGAAAUACUGGAUAUAAGUAGCAAUGUAUUCAACGGUUCCCUCUCACUUGAAGGUUUUGAAAAAUUAGAGGAGUUGGAUAUCAGUUACAAUCGGUUCAAUAAUAGCAUCUUAUCAUCAUUGGGUGCUCUUAAAUCACUUAAGUCUUUGAUUCUUGAAGACAAUAAGAUGGAAGGUUCCUUCCCUAGCAAAGGUUUUGAAAGAUUAGAGGAUUUGGACAUCAGUGAUAAUUUGUUCAAUAAAAGUAUAUUAUCAUCAUUGGGUGCUCUUACAUCACUUAGGACUUUGAAAAUUAGAUGGAAUAACAUGGAAGGUUCCUUCCCUAUCCAAGAAUUAAAUAAUCUGAAACAUUUGGAAACACUGGAUAUAAGUUACAAUGAAUUCAACGGUUCCCUCUCACAUGAAGGUUUUGAAAGAUUAGAGGAUUUGGACAUCAGUUACAAUCGGUUCAAUAAUAGUAUAUUAUCAUCAUUAAGUGCUCUUACAUCACUUAGGACGUUAAAAAUUAGAGAGAAUAGCAUGGAAGGUUGCUUCCCUAUCCAAGGUUUGAUUCUUCAAAUUGUUUUCUUCACACUCAUUCUUUUUAUUGUAUUUUUUUGCUCUUGGUUCAAAAUUAAGUAAAUUGGAAAACUUGAAAUCCUUAUGUAUAAGUGGCAACGGAUUCAAUAACAUCCUACCA